AUGCCUCCUCCUACAUAUAUCAUUUCGAGGGUGGCUGAUCCCAUAUUCGCUGUAUUUAUCGGCGUCUCUGCUGCCGUGACCAGAGUGAAGCGUGAGGAGAAGGAAAAGGGGAGGACCUCGGCUCAGACUAUGGAAGCUUUCAAGAGACGCCUUAGGUAUACUGUCGGCAUGACCAACAACUAA